AUGCCGUCGUCCUCAUCUUCACAUAUCAAAGUGGCAUCAUACACUGAUGAGCCAGUUGCUGCAGUAGGGUCGUUUUUCAACGGGCUCUCCAUCCCAUCGUCAGCUGAAUUUGACAUUUACAAAAACAGAAAAACCAACGAUUAUCUAAUCCACGGGGAGUCGGAUCAUUUGGAAUACAAUGGAGACUCAUUGUCGACCCAAGAUUUGAAUGAAUAUGCAGUUGCCGUGUACGACCCCAACACCAAAUCGGUUGAAUUGUUCAAAACCCCAUAUUUCCAAACCAAAGUCACUUCUAAACAGUACAAAGUUUACAAGGGCCCUUCAGUUAGAUCCACUGGGAUUAAGAAUAUAACCCAGAGAAAUGCGUUGGGAGAAGCGUUUGGUACCAAAAAGGCUAAACAAGCAAUUACAAACUUGGAAAAGAACAGAAUCGAUGCUGAUAAAUUACAAGAUAUGGAAAUGGACAUUAUUGAUACUGUUCAGGACACAAUUACAAAUAACAAUGUUGGAACAUCAAACACUACCACAAUUAAUGAAGAUUAUUCCAAUAGCACCGUUCCUAAAGCAAAUGUCGAUGCAACUAAUGUUGAAGACAUUUAUCCUAUCAAAUCCAUCAUUCCAGCAAAGGAUUGGUCGUAUAUCCGUGUUCAAUCCAUCUUUACUGAUCCAUCCCCCAUUAGUCAUUUCCCUUCAUCACCUGAUUUCAUUAAACAACAAUUACCUACAAUUAUCGAACAGGGAAACUUGGAAAAAUUGCAAAUCUUGUACUAUGCAUCAUUACUAUUUGCAAUUUACGAAAACCGUCGCGUUAGAUCCAAGGACCAAUUGAUGACCAAGUUGGAUAACAAACCAUCGGAGGCUUUAAUCGAUACGAUUUUGAGUAAUUUCACAAUUGCGCGUACUUCGAAAUUUGGUAAAUCUAAAGACCGGUCAUUUACAAUUGAUCCUCAUAAUGAAGACAAGUUGCUUUGUUAUAUGAUCAUUUUGAUUUUACAUUUAUCAAACUUUUCAGUGGCGUUGAAUCCCUUGGCCCGUGAUUUGAAGUUGAAACCUACUAAAUUGGUGGCCUUGUUUAGAGCUGUGGGGGCGAUUAUCAAAUCGGCAACGGUGGGCGAGGCUGAAGCGUUGGGUAUACCAAAGAGUAGUGUUGGUACGUACAAGAUUGCUCAUUUGAGAGUCCCUUUCAAAAUGCCGGAACUAAUGAGAAAAAGAGGUGGUGCAAAAAGGUAA